UCUAAGACUCUCUACGUACGAUACGAAAGCGCAAGCAGAUCUAUAGAGCAAAUAAUCUGCCAAGUGUGCUUUGACGACCUCAGCUGGAUGUCACAGCCGCAGAGGCAAGCUCACUACGACGAACACUUCUCAGAUGAGCCACAAAGAGGUGCGCCAAUUCGAGUUUCUUCUCUGCAGUCUCGUAAUUCUGUGGAGCAUAAUAGCCUCACGACCUGGUUCACUCCGUAUGUACCCAACAAGGGUGAUCCCUCCACACAGAAUGUCUUUUGGUACCCAGCGAGAUCAGACCCCCCUCCUCGUAAUUUCAGUCCUGGCCUCAUCCCUACCGUCAAGCGUGCCCUGAUCAGCUCACACGAGCGAGGCAAGACGCAACGUGCGUGGCUAUGUCACGAGGACGCUGUGCACAUAAGAAGUGAGGCAUUUGAUAGAUCGUGGGGCUGUGGGUAUUACAGAUAUCGAAACUUCAUGAUGACAUGCGCAUCCUUGAUGUCGCAAGCAAUGCAGCCUACAUACUUCCCCUUGCUGGAUCGUCCAACGCCGCCUGGUGUGCGGAACCUGCAGUCAUCGAUCGAAGAGGCCUGGAAACAUGGGUAUGACCCCGAGGGGGCAGAACAAUUGAAACACAGGCUUGUAGGGACAGGAAAAUAUAUUGGUACUGGAGACCUGUAUGCUGCGUUUACAUAUCGUGGGAUUCCAGCGCAACUAGUGGAUUUUGACUUGCUGUGUGAAUGGUCGUCAGGUGUGCAGCCGCUACUGGACUGGGUCCUACAGCACUUCUCUGCAGGGUAUUCGUCUCCCCGGACUUUGAACGAGGCUCUGCAGAGCACCAACUCGGUGGCCAUUACUGGCAAAAUGCCGUUGAUACUGCAACAUAACGGCCAUUCUCGCACGAUAGUGGGUUGCGAGCGAUGUGUCGACGGCACUAUCAACUUGCUCGUGUUCGAUCCUGCCAAGUCCGUGUUUCACUCCCACUGUCUGUCGGCGUGUACUGAUUGGAAGGUGACGUGUUGCCUCAUGUCUCACAGAAGCAUUCCAAUCGAAAUACGAAAUGCUGGAUUGGUACACCAUGCGUCUUCUCGCGCUAGAGACAAUACGCAACAGCACCAAGAGUAUCACGUGUCUUCACCCAAAGUUUUACACGAGGUUCAGCAUCCUGUCCAGGCCAUCAAGGCGCACAAGCGUAAGGCGGAUGAAACAUCCCGCACCGACACCAGUAAGAGACCUCGUGCGAGCAUCGAUGAGGGAAACGGAAAGCCGAAGGGCCACAGUGACUGCAACUCCGGAGGACAGGAGAGAUCAAAGCCAUUUGAACCUGAUCCAUUCAAAGUACUGAAUAUCGUGCGAUUGGGUGCAAACAAACUGAAGUAUGUACACAUUCACCAAUAUCUGACGCGACACUAA